AUGAGUUUACUUCGCUUUUUCAUGAGUGUCUUCCUCAUCUUUCUUGCCCUUUCGUUCGGAGUCCUCCCUGUUGACCGGAUUUCCUGUUAUUACGCUCGCGGACAAGACCCUGGCGCCGCCGAAACCGUGGAAAGCUGCGACAUGCCCGGCAAGCAAACGACACAUUUACCACUGCUCGAGUUGAUUCUCACUCCCAAUGAUGAGAGUGUUUCGUUCAUGUGUAGCUCCAAACAGGAUGCGAAACUUACCCCGGAGGCAACAAAAGUGUAUUCAGAUAGCGCGUGCCACGACACGACGGAACUGAGCAGAGUGUUCGCGGGUUCUGUUCUAGAUGAAAGUGUCGUGCAAAAAAAGAAAAAGUUUACCUUAAAAAUCCCGAAGGAGACACGCAAAAUCUCAACAGUGCUGUUCUACAAGUGCACCUUUACUGGCGUGAAUGUUGGGACACCACAGCGUGAACGUCAAGACGCCGAAGAACUUCCAGCAGCACCAGCAACUGAGUGUAAGGUCAAAAUCACCGUUGACCCUCUCGAGCCAACUAAUCCCGAAACUGAACCCAAUACCGAGCAACAAGCAGGGGUCGUCCAAUGUGCGAGUGAGGACGGUACCAAGCAAGCGACUGUGUCCGCAGAAUCUCCUCUCUCAUUCAAAUGUGGAGCUGGAAUGUCCCUGCACCCGACAAAUUUGACAGACGUCUUUGAUGACCAGGACGGGAAGUGCGCCGCUGAGGUUGCCCUGCAGACUCUCGUUGACGCCACAUUAACAAAAGCUGAAACUGACCCGCCACAGAACGACCAACAACUGUACCAGCUUGCUGUGACGACUGCUCCUUCUGGAGACACUGCCCUCUGCUACAAGUGUGUGACUCCAUCCGCCAGCUCAAAAGCCGGGGAAGACCUCGAAGAAGGAUCGAGUGUGAAACAGUGCCUUCUGAAAAUAUCCGUGAAGGGGAACGCAUCUUCCGCGUCGGCAAGGUGGGGAGCAGCCGAGGGUGGCACCGCUCUGUUGGCGGCAGCGCAAAUGUUGCUCGGCCUCCUGUACGUGUGA